AUGCGCAACGGCUCACCCAGCAGCAACGGCUCCCAGUCGGAGGAGGGCAGCAGCUCCUCGGAUCACCAGCAGCCGCAGCAGGAAGCCCAGGAGCAGGAGCAACAGCUGCACACUCCCACGCAUGCACAUGCCGCGGUGCCAGCUGCCACAUCGGAGGAGAUCCUGGCGGAGUACGGCAGCAACCUUAAGCUACUCGAGUGCAAUUCCCAGGUGGCCGAACUGCUGACCAUACUGCGCGACAAGAACACCACGCGCAGCGACUUCAAGUUCUAUGCCGACCGUCUCAUCCGGCUGGUCAUUGAGGAGUCGCUCAACCAGCUGCCCUACACCCAUUGCGAUGUGGAGACGCCCACUGGUGCGAUUUACGAGGGUCUGAAGUAUCGCUCCGGCAACUGUGGCGUGUCCAUCAUCCGAUCGGGAGAGGCCAUGGAGCAGGGACUGCGCGACUGCUGUCGCUCCAUUCGCAUUGGGAAGAUCCUGGUCGAGUCCGAUGCCAAUACGCAUGAGGCCCGCGUGGUCUAUGCCCGCUUUCCCGAUGACAUCGGCAGCAGGCAGGUGCUACUCAUGUAUCCCAUCAUGUCCACGGGCAACACUGUGCUGCAGGCGGUGAAUGUGCUGCGGGAACACGGCGUACCCGAGAGCUGCAUCAUCCUGUCCAAUCUCUUCUGUACACCCAUGGCCGCUCGGACCGUAGUGAAUGCCUUUCCGAAGCUGAAGAUCCUCACCUCCGAGCUGCAUCCCGUGGCACCCAAUCACUUUGGCCAGAAAUACUUCGGUACAGACUAGAUACUUGGGUCUAUCUCGCAGACUUGACGACUAAGCGCUGCUUAGGAUAGGUAGCUGUCGCCCAGACAAACGCCCUUCCUGCGUUGCGCUCCACUAACAAAUGCUACCCUCUCUCUGUUUCGUCCUCCAGAUUGCAUUUGAGAUACAAAUACAAAUAGACGACCCCUGCGGCCAACCAAACUACUACUUAGCAACUGUUAGCUUUUUACAACUGGCUUUUAAUGCAACUCUCAAAUACGUUACGUUCGUUACGCACUAUUGUAAAUAUAGAAACGAAAUAAAUAUUUAAACAUUA